AUGGAUUGCGUUCAAGAUAGCCCUUCCCCUAGCGAGACGGUAGUCUCGAAUGCGAUGUCGUCCGUGGCAGACAGCAGCACCCUGUCUACCGACACGCGUGAUACGGAUGUUGAUUCGUGUGUCGACGUGCCAAUGGAGGUUCCUGAUGAAUAUAUUGAAGUGGAGAAUCCCCCUGCGGUACGCGAAGCGAUAACCGAGGAAAUUCGGUCUAUGUUAACCUCAUUGCCCCCUGAGAUCCUGAGAGGAAAGUACACGACUUUGCCCGGUGAACGGCCUAAGCCUGGCCUCGAUAGAUCACUCCCUCCCAUCAGUAAGAUCGAGGACAUUUUCGAGGAUCUUACAUCCCGAGCCUUGCAAAAUGGCCUUGGUUCUUUCCUGGACCAUAUUGGCCCUCGGAAACUACGCGUUGCCACGAUGUGUUCUGGCACCGAAUCUCCUCUACUUGCUUUGGAAAUGAUACAGGAUAGUUUACGGCGGCUCGUUGGCAGAACAUUUCGCUUGCAUCAUCUAUUUAGCGCAGAAAUAGAUGCAUUCAAGCAGUCUUAUAUACAAAGAAAUUUUGCCCCAGACAUCAUUUUCAGAGAUGUCAAUGAGCUUGUUGCAGAGGAAGCAACCACCGCGUUCGGAUCAGUGAGAAAAGUGCCUACAAAUCCCGACUUGCUGGUGGUCGGCUUCUCUUGUGUUGAUUUCUCAGCCUUAAAUUUCUACCGCAAGACCCUUGAGGAAAUGGGAGAAUCGGGGCAUACGUUUUAUGGGGUUCUACGGUAUAUCCAACGAUGUCGGCCUCCCUUGGUCGUUUUGGAAAACGUGUGCUCUGCUCCUUGGGAGAAAAUCAAGAUCAUAAUGCAGGAAGCCGACUACAAUGGCUAUCACAUGAAGCUAGACUCUAAGAACUACUAUCUUCCACAGACACGGGAGAGAGGCUACAUGAUUUGUGUUGAUCAAAGAAAGCUGAUUACGGAACCUGUGGGCGAGAUGAAGACCAAAAAGCUAUCGUCAUUCGCCCAGAUGAUGAAGAAAUUAGAGCGACCGGCAAGCUCUCCAGUCACGCAAUUUCUUUUAAGCAACGAUGAUACUCGCCUCCAGGACGCAGUUAGUGACAUAUCAAUCAAUUCGACCAAGGACCGUCAAGCCGUUGACUGGACAAGAUAUAAAGCCAGGCAUCUUGGAUAUCGAAUGCGAGAGGGACUUGGGGAUAAGCGGCCUUUGACUAAAUGGCAGGACAACGGCACCUGCCAGAUGCCUGAUUUUUAUUGGCAUGGAUGGAGCAGAACGCAAACAGAACGUGUCUGGGAUACCCUAGAUGUUAAUUACCUGAGAACUAUGGCGCGUGGGUAUGACAUCGGGUUUAAAUCGCGCGUCAUCGACCUCUCUCAAGGUUUGGAUAGAGAAUUGGACCAAAGAGCGUCAGGGAUUGCAGGCUGCCUUACACCCCGAGGACAGCAUUUCAUUACUUCCCGAGGGGGCCCUCUACUAGGCAUUGAAGCUCUGGCCUUGCAAGGGAUUCCUAUCGAUAGGCUCCUUAUCAGCAACGACAGCCAGCGCGACUUACACGAUCUGGCAGGAAACGCGAUGACUUCAACAGUAGUUGGGGCAGUGAUUGCAAGUGCUUUGAUUCUUGGAUACCAGGCACUACCACGCUACUCUGCUCUGUUCGAACUCGAGGCUUCAGAGGAAGUGAUACCUCCAGUUACUGUCACACAAAACGACCAAAUGACACCAAUGGAGACGAACGUGAUAGUCGAAAAUACUCUUUCAACUACAGAGAUAUACCAACUAGCACUCCGUACUUCCCGGUUGUGUUACUGUGACGGUCAAAUAGGGACAAGAACUGAGAAAAUUCUGGUCUGCACACUUUGUAACCAUACAGCUUGCUCGAAGUGUGGCAAGAACCCUACACAUUUAUACAAACGUGUAGACGCUGACGACUUAAAGCAGCGACUAUCUCCAAUAGAUUUCCAAACCCAGAUCAAAACGAAGCUACCCAUGCGUCUCCAAGUUAGCGGUAUAGCUGCUGACAUGUUUGAUCAAUUUCGAGAGUCUACUGAAUCGCCAGAUGUUGUAAGCGCUUGGGACGCCUUCUUAGAAGCAGUUAAGCUUACUUUUGGAGAAGUUCUCAAAUUUCGGGGCAUAACUAGACAAUGUGGAUGGACAAUUACCUAUGAAGGUGCCAACUCUUUGCUAAAGCUGAGUUGUACUUCAAUUGGUCUCCAAUGGUCGCUGUAUGCUACUCCGAGUAAAAAGGAGCCGAGCAGCUCCCCACUCCGCCAGAUCCUUUCUCAUCCUAUUGCCAAAAUGUCGCCUACUAGCGAUAACAUACUGGACGGAACGUGGCUUGUGGGAUCCCCAGUGAGCUCAGAGUUUGAUAUGAGUGUAACAGGCUGUGGUCCAUUGGUUGACUCCCUUCCCGCCAGAUCUGGCCUCCAGCACCCAAAAUUUCGAAAUCUAAAAACGUGGUCUGUUCUUCGUAUAGAUGCGAAAGACGAGGAUAUCGAGAACUUGGAGGCUGAUAUCCGUGGAGACUAUGAGCUGCUUCCAGAUUGUGGUUCUGCCAGUGGAAGUUUGCGCAAACGGUUAUUUUCUGCAGGUGCCCCCAUUUAUUUAUUUCUGGACCCAACCGAAAUUGGCCCUCAUCAGCUAGAUUCUUGGGUAUUUGCAGUUGAGCAUGGAAGACUCGAUUUUGGACAAUCGCGAGACACAAUAGCUGAGAUUCGCCCAAAUUGGAACCCUUGGUACCUUGAUAAGGAACAAGAUAGUGUUCAGUGUUGGUACCGGAAAUGGCGGAAAUCUCAUAUCGUUUCACUGAACAUCUACCGGCAAUUAGGACCCCCGAGAUACGGAAUACCAAACCCUGAGGCGGUUCCGGCAUUGUGUAGCCUCACUUGUGAUAAUUCGUACGCUACUAUGCUUCAUUGUUCAAUCCCAGCUGGCUGUUCUGAGCUGGAAAUGGUACCAGGAGUAUGGGAACAGGAGAACCUGUUAGAAUCCACCGUUAUGCUCCAAAAAUUUGCAUGGCUACUGCAGAAGGCAACUGGUAUCACUCAAUUUGAAAACUGGAUGGACAUUGAAACAUCUAAAACUGGCUUUAUUCUCGGGUGUUCAACAUGUGCUCCUCAGAAACCUCGUUUGGCUUGGGCACUAGAUGAUAGAGACCGUGUAUACGCCUACGAAAACCCUGAAGACGCAGCCGCUUAUGAGAGAAGCAUAAAGAAUCGACCUGCGCCUUUUUUGGGAUUUUCAGUUCUUGACGAGCAUUUUGAUUUUCACCUUCGAAUUUGUCUAAACGUCAUGAGUCUUCUUCAUCGAGCUGCUGGAAAUUUGGCGAGCAAGGAUAAUAUUUUGUUACAAUGGCGUCUAUGUAUAGACACAACAGGGUUCAUCCAACGGCCAUUGCCAAAGCUUCUGGAAAGAAACAAUAAAUUGGACACCGCGUACUCUCAACCUCCAGGCUUCAGGCAUUAUCACCUACGACCAGAGCAGCUGCGUUCUCUCCAGUGGAUGUGCAAUCAAGAAAGCGAUAAAGCCCCUCCGUUCGAAGAGCAGGAAGUCGUCGAGGCCCUCUUACCCACCAUCAACUGGCGGGCAGAGGGGAAGGCUUCGAUUAAGAAAACGGUGCUUGGAGGUAUCCUAGGGGAUGAAGUUGGAUAUGCAUCUACAUCGUUACUCAAAGGAGCAGCUUACUAUACUAUGAUGGAAAAUUUCGUGGCCGCCCCUGAGCUGCCCAAGGGGGAGGGUCGUAUUUUUGUGGAAUGGCUUCAGGACGUCCUUAGCGCUUUAUCAGAUCAAGUCGACCGGCUGGUCAAUUCUGGUGCCUCGAAAGUCCUGGAUCAUGUGCAUGAUAGAAGGGAGGAGCUUCGACGGGGAAAUGGGCUUUCGAAAUAUAAACCAUCGAGGAGGUUGAAAGGGCAAAAGUUCCAAGAGCAUCUCUUGAAGAUUCGACAACUAGCCGCAGGGGAUGAGCAUGAAAAGGAUACACCAGUUCAGACUACAGAUGGAGAGCAUGCAGUGGGGUUUACCGAUGGACUGGGUAAAAGAAAAAGAACAGAGCCAGCAAUCGCUUCCUCCACGGAGGGUGUUAGCGAAACUCGUGACCUAAAGAAACAAAAGAAGGGUUCUAAUGGCGCACGUAAGGACGGAGGAGCCGAUCAAAUUGAUAUAUUCAACCUUCAGGAUUCGGGAGAGGACUGGAAAAGUGUCCGUUCACCAUUACUGCACAUGUUUGAGUUCAGCCGAGUUAUAAUCGAUGAAUUUACCUAUUCAAAGGAUAGAAACUAUGCUGCGGCUCUUGCAAUCUCUUCUCGAAAGAAAUGGAUACUAUCAGGAACACCUCCACUAAACAAUUUUGGAGAUGUCAAGUCGUUCUCUCCGUUCCUCGGAAUCAACUUAGGUAUUGAUGAGGACGAUGGCAGGAAAGUGGAUAACGAGAGACUGAAAACAAUUCAGCGUGAAAAGACGGAGGUUGAACAAUUUCAGCCUCUAGUAACUCGUCGAAGUGCUGUAUGGCACCAAAGACGACAUGAGGUAGCCCAAGGGUUCUUGGACCAGUUCAUGAGAAAAAAUAUGCCCGAUAUAGAUGAUAUUCCAUGGACCGAGCACGUUAUUGGAGUAGCUCUAUCCGCUGCCGAACGAGCAGUCUAUCUUGAGCUUUUCAUGCAACUUAUGUCUCAAAAUUUGAGGUUGAGGAAGCAUGGUCGAGGAAUAUAUGACUCCGAUGAAAUCGCCCGUCUAGAUGAAAUCAUUGGAAAUAGCAGCGGUCCAGAAGAAGCACUAUCCAAGCGCUGCUCUUUGUUUACUCUCGCUGAUGUUACACAUUCUCCUACUACUACGUCUCGGGAGAAUCCAAAUAAGUCGUUCGAGGACGAUAACCCUCUUGUGGUUAUACGACACAAGCAGCUUAUAGGUCUUGGGGCUGAUAUUGGAUCCAGGCUGAGCAGAGGGCUGUGGCUACGUGGGCAGCUAGAUGAAGGAACGACUCAUUUCGAUAGGCUCUUGGAAAGCAUAGAGGAGGACAGGUUUGGAGAUCUACUGGUUACUAUUGGCAUUAAAAAUCUCCUCCGCGGGGAGGUGAGCAAAUUCAUACCCCCUAAUCCUGAAUUUAGUAUCGGUGCUGACUUUAAGGAGAAGAAGAAGAACCCCGAUGAUCCUAGACCCGAAUUCCCCAAAACACAAACGGAACUAAUCAGUGAUCUGAACUACUGUACCGACAGUUUACGCCGGCUUGUUUAUGAAACAGUAUCGCAUGCACGCGCCCUGAGGUUAUACCAUGCAGACGAUAAACUCGCCAACUAUGGCGGCUCAAAACUUGCGGAAGUUAUCAACCUACUUCAAGACACCAAGAGAAUCCCAAGUGAUGACCAGGCCCUUCUCUUCAUACAGUUCCCUGAAUUGAUGGACGCCGCGGCUCAUGCGCUACAAUUAGCCAACAUACUUCACACCGUUGUCCAGCCAGGAGAUCGGACGCCAGCUAGUAAGAUAUCCGAAUUUCAGAAUGGAAAAGACGUCAUGAAGAGUAAGGUUCUGAUACUGAACCUUGGAGAUGUAACCGCAUCAGGGCUUACGAUUAUAACUCCGGAAUGGCGCAAGCAAUUGGACGCUCAAGACGUUACGGUCAACUAA